AUAUCAAUAUUUUGUCCUUUCACAUACAGUACAUGAUCAGUAAAUAACCUCUGUAAAGGAGGUUUUCGCAACAAUACCAAAGAAGAUUCUCCAAAGAACCUUUAAGUGAGCAGUUCUUAAAGUCACCUUGAAAUCAAAAUGGACCAUUCUUUUUUUAUGGAAUAUUGUAGUAUUUAUUAUAAAUCAUUUAUUUGUGGCGUGCCCAUCAUUAUUUUUUUAUUUUUUUUUUUAAUUCAUGUGCCCUUAUAAUAUUUAAUCGAAAUAUCUUUCUCUCCCUCUUGCAACAACAUCGCUUCUCUGCGACAUGUUUAGUGGUGUGAGGGCGGAGCAACCUGUCACUCAUGUGACAUCACAGCAAUAGCAAACCACAAUGAUCCAACCAUCCAAUCAAUUCCCAGUGAAAAAAAUCUAAUCCUUCUUGCUCAAGAAGCAGUUUCAGUUGGAUAUAUGUCCCAAUAAGGAAGAAAAGACUAUUGCAGCUUCUGUUUCAUGCCAACUUUUUGGGUAAAGAACAUUAGAAUAAUCUGAAGAACCUUUUUCCACUAUAAAGAACCUUUCGUGCAAUAGAAAGGUUCUAUGGAUGUUAAAGGUUCUUUAUAGAAACAUAGAACCUUUAUUUUUAAGAGUGCCAAACCUGUUCUAGUUAAAUAUCUUGCUGAAAAGUUUGAGAGCAUAAUUAUGAACUAUAUUGGUUCUCAUCAAUAUUUACAUGCUAAUACCAUCAUGCAUCUGUCUCAGUGGACACUUCAGCUUCCUGUCCUUGUAUGGAGGAUGAUGAUGGGAUGGACCAACCCUCUUGAUGCAGUUGGGGAGCGUUGAGGAGGGUAUAAAUCCUCUCAUUCUCAUUCAUUCUCAUCCCUGUUUUCCCUCUCACACCCUCCUGCUCGUCAUCUUAGUGGAAGAAUGGCUCCUAAAAUAGCUGAACUGAAGGAGGAGGCAACAAAGCCAGCACCCCCUCCUGAACCAGAGAAACCCAAGGAGCCUCAGUUUGACCCAAAAAACAUCAAGGUUGAGUUUACAGCUGACCAGAUUGAAGAAUUUAAAGAGGCCUUCAUGCUAUUGGACAGAACACCUACUGGUGAAAUGAAGAUCACUUACGCCCAGUGUGGGGAUGUCAUGAGGGCACAGGGUCAGAAUCCUACAAAUGCUGAGGUCAUCAAAGUACUUGGCAAACCCAAACCUGAGGAAAUGAACACCAAACUGAUUGACGUCGAGACUUUCCUGCCUAUGUUCCAACAUGUGUCCAGUUCCAAAGAUCAGGGCACAUUUGAGGACUUUGUUCAGGGUCUGCGAGUCUUUGACAAGGAAGGAAAUGGCACUGUAAUGGGUGCUGAACUUCGCCAUGUACUUGCAAUGUUGGGUGAGAAGAUGACGGAAUCAGAGGUAGAACAGCUGAUGGCAGGAUAGGAAGAUGCAAACGGCUGUGUCAACUAUGAAGGUCUAUGGAGUUUUUUUAAGAAACACAUUUAUUCAGGCAGGAUGUAUUGAUCAAAAGUGACAGUAAAGACUUUUACAUUGUUAACAAAAAUUCCAUUUCAAAUAAAUGCUUUUCUUUUGAAUUUUUCGUUUCUUAGA